AUGGUGGGCGCCGGGGCGCGGGGGGCGCCGGCCGCGCCGCUGCUCCCGCUCCCGCUGCUGCUGCCGCUGCUGGCGGCGGCCGCCCUGCUGCGGGGCGCGGCGGCGGCGGGCGGCCUCGCCGACAGCGUCGUCUGGGCCGUCAACGCGGGCGGCGAUGCCCAUGUGGACGUGAACGGCAUCCACUUCCGCAGGGACCCGCUGGAGGGCCGCGUGGGCCGAGCUUCUGACUACGGCAUGAAGCUGCCGAUCCUGAGGUCCAACGCAGAAGACCAGAUUCUGUACCAGACUGAGCGUUACAACGAGGAGACCUUUGGCUAUGAAGUUCCCAUCAAAGAGGAGGGUGACUACGUGUUGGUUUUGAAGUUUGCCGAGGUCUAUUUUGCACAGUCUCAGCAGAAGGUGUUUGAUGUGCGCUUGAAUGGCCACGUAGUGGUGAAGGACUUGGACAUUUUUGACAGAGUUGGACACAGCACAGCUCACGAUGAGAUCAUUCCCAUGAGUAUCAAAAAGGGGAAACUGAGUGUCCAGGGAGAGGUCUCCACGUUCACAGGGAAGCUUCACAUUGAGUUUGUAAAGGGCUACUAUGAUAAUCCGAAAAUCUGUGCCCUAUACAUCCUGCAAGGAACAGUGGAAGAUGUUCCGAAGCUGCAGCCUCACCCUGGUCUGGAGAAAAAAGAGGAAGAUGAUGAUGAAGAUGAAUAUGAUGAUGGCUCCAGUGUUAAAAAACAGGCAAAUAAGAACCGGGUUCAGUCAGGCCCACGCACACCAAACCCCUAUGCCUCAGACAACAGCAGCCUCAUGUUCCCUAUAUUGGUGGCCUUUGGUGUCUUCAUUCCUACCCUCUUCUGCCUCUGCCGAUUGUGAGAGCAAGCCCCACCAAGCAUCAGCACCGGGGCUGGGAGGGAAGGAAUUGGACCAAACACGGUUGCUUUCAAUUUCUCCAUGUU